CGGAGGCUCGAGGUCAAGGCACUCUUCUUUUGUCAAAAACUAAAAGAAACGAAGAAAAGCCACUAAGAAAGAAAUGGCCGCUGCUGCUUCACUCAUUUCCACAUUCUUCCACUAUUCCUCUCCACUUUCUCGCUCGCCAAACAGAAGACCACCGCUUUCUGUCUCUAAACUUAAAUGCCUAUCUCUCCACAGAAACCAAUACCAAAAUGAUAACUCUGGCAUCCUCUGUUUCCUUGAUCAAGUCCUCCACUCUCAUUCUCACUCUCUAACCCCACACAACCUCUUAUUUACCAAAAAGCCCCCCUCCGCCUCCUCCUCCUCUUCUGCUUUAGACUCGCUGCUUCUCCUUUGCACCUCAAUUGCCUUAUCCGUCUCUCUAUUCGUCGCCGAUGUGGACCCGGCCUCCGCUUUCGUCGUUACCACGCCUCGUAAAUUGCAGACCGAUGAGCUUGCUACUGUUCGCCUCUUUCAAGCGAACACUCCCUCCGUUGUCUACAUCACCAAUCUCGCCGUCAAGCAGGAUGCCUUUACUUUGGAUGUGUUGGAGGUGCCGCAGGGGUCAGGUUCAGGGUUCGUGUGGGACAAAGAAGGUCACAUUGUCACCAAUUAUCAUGUGAUUCGCGGUGCUUCUGAUCUCAAGGUCACUCUGGCCGACCAGUCAACUUUUGAUGCACAAGUUGUUGGAUUUGACCAAGACAAGGAUGUUGCUCUACUACGAGUUGAUGCACCCAAGGACAAACUAAGACCGAUACCUAUUGGUGUUUCCGCUGACUUGCUUGUUGGUCAGAAAGUAUAUGCCAUAGGCAAUCCUUUUGGACUUGAUCACACUCUAACAACUGGUGUCAUCAGUGGGCUUCGUAGAGAAAUCAGUUCUGCUGCUACUGGCCGUCCUAUUCAGGAUGUUAUACAAACAGAUGCUGCCAUUAAUCCUGGUAAUAGUGGAGGGCCACUUCUUGAUAGUUCAGGAAGCCUUAUUGGGAUAAAUACAGCCAUUUACUCCCCAUCUGGUGCAUCCUCUGGCGUUGGAUUUUCAAUUCCUGUUGAUACUGUAGGUGGCAUUGUUGAACAGUUAGUGAAGUUUGGAAAAGUUACGAGACCUAUUUUAGGUAUUAAGUUUGCACCUGAUCAAUCUGUGGAGCAGUUAGGAGUAAGUGGGGUGCUUGUCUUAGAUGCCCCUUCAAAUGGUCCAGCAGGCAAAGCAGGUUUGCUACCCACCAAGCGUGAUGCCUAUGGUAGACUUAUUUUGGGUGAUAUCAUAACAUCGGUGAAUGGAAAAAAGGUUACAAAUGGCAGUGACUUGUACAGAGUUCUUGACCAAUGUAAAGUAGGCGAUCAGGUGAUUGUGGAGGUGUUGCGUGGGGAUCACAAGGAGAAGAUUCCAGUAAUACUUGAGCCAAAGCCUGAUGAGUCGUGAAAGGUAUGGCAAGUAGAAAUAGUUGGGUACAUAUACAAGGGAAUGCCAUUAUUUUGUGUAUGGAUUGUUACAAGACAAAGGGUCUUGUUGUACAUAUAUCAACUACUGAAUUGUCUCCAAGAGCAAUUAUUACACUGAUAAAGCAAAAGUCAUCUGAAUUUAAUCUCAA